CACUUAGCCUACCGGAAGUUAUGAAUGGUCAAUCUUCCCUACACAGUACCAUUGUGUAAACCUAAACUCUCGGCGAGUUGCCCUGGAAUAGGAUACUGGAGAGGGAACGUAUCCCAUCGAACUUAUCGUCUUACAGAGAAUUUCAGUUAUUGUUUAGUUUGCGAGUGUCCAGCUGGUAGACGACAGUAUGCCUAUUGAAAACUUAGAAGAAGAAGGCCUUGCGAAAAACCCAAACCUUCAGCAUGCUCAACUCCGCUUUCUUCUGGGGACGGAAAAAAAUAAAUAUGAUUCAGCUCUUCAGGAGAAGUUGAUGGCAGAGAUAAAGGCCAACGACAUGGCCCCCUUUUAUGAAGAGACUGUGCAGGAACUUGGAUGGACCAAAGAUGAGGCACUCCUCAGCACAAUGAAAGCAGCAAAUGCUGCAAAGCUGAAACAGCUGGAUGAGGCUAUUGAUGAUGCUGUAAAAAACCUUGGUGAAACAGAAAUCAGAGACAGUAUGCUGGUCAAGGCAGAGUAUCUGUGUCAGAUUGGUGAUAAGGCCAAUGCUUUGUCUGAAUUUCGUAAGACCUAUGACAAGACUGUUGCUUUGGGCUACCGAUUGGACAUUGUCUUCCACCUGAUUAGGAUGGGCAUCUUCUACAAUGAUCAUGAUCUCAUAACAAAAAACUUGGAGAAAGCACAAAGUUUGAUAGAUGAAGGAGGUGACUGGGACAGGCGAAACCGGCUGAAGGUUUACCGUGGCCUCUACAACAUGUCCAUCCGGGACUUCAAGUCAGCAGCUGGUCUCUUUCUUGACACGAUUGCCACAUUCACCUCAUAUGAACUGAUGGACUAUCAGCAGUUUGUCACCUACACUGUGCUGUGCUGCAUAAUUGCCCUGGAUAGACCCGAGCUCAGAGAAAAGGUUGUCAAGGGAUCAGAAAUUCUGGAAGUACUUCACAGCUUGCCCAACAUUCGCAAAUUUUUGUUCUCUCUUUAUGACUGCCAGUAUGGAGACUUUUUCCUAGCCCUGGCGGAGGUUGAAAAUCUUAUGAAAUACGAUCGUCUUCUGUGUGCACAUUAUUCGUACUACGUUCGAGAAAUGCGCAUCAUGGCAUAUGCUCAACUGUUGGAGUCCUACCGCAGUCUUACCCUGAACUACAUGGCAAAAGCAUUUGGAGUCACUGUUGCUUUUAUUGAUCAAGAGCUCGCAAGGUUCAUUGCAGCAGGGCGGCUUCAUUGCAAGAUUGACAAAGUAGGUGGCAUUGUGGAGACAAACAGACCAGACAGCAAGAACUGGCAAUAUCAGAACUGUAUCAAACAAGGAGACAUCUUGCUGAAUCGUGUCCAGAAAUUAAGCCGGGUCAUCAACAUAUGAAUCAUUUAGUUGUAAUGGCAGUGUUUUGUUCUCUCAUGUUCUGAUUUUCUCUUCUAUAUUUUUUUUUAUGAGUACAAGUACAAGAAAGUGAGUUGCAAAUAUGUGUUUUGAUGAAGAAUGACUUGGUUUGUUGUUGAAAAAUGGAGUGUGACAUACUGUGCAAAUACAUCAGCUGUAAACCAUUCAGGCUUUGUUGCUUGUUCACAAACCCUCAGGAUUUUCUUGUCUUGAAGAUCUAGUUGCUGAAUUUCAACAGUUGAUAUUAAUAUUAGCUUUGCUAAUGCAGCUUUUAGUGACACUUUGUGAAGGCAGUUACAUGUUCAUAAAAACUGUCUAACCAACAUCCAUCUAUCCCGAAGUAAGCCAUAUUUUUGCAUUACAAUAUAUUUUCUGUCAAGUAGUGCAGAUAGAACAAUGAUCACAAGUCUGAAAAGUCUAGUGGACACAUAGGCCUACAAUAAAGAGGUAGGCCUAUGUUAUAAAAUUUGCAAACAUGCAGAUUUUUUCAAAUUUUUCCCUUUUAUUUUCAAUAUGUUUGUUGCUUUUGUAGUGUGAGUACAUGUUUGGAGGGUCCUACUUGGAAGAACAGAAAGCAAUUUUUCUUUUGGUAUUGUGAAAGUGAAUUUUUAUUUUAGUGCGAAAGAUGAUGAUGAUGAAUGAGUUUGUGGAAAGAAUAAAAUGUACCCUUUAGCAAGAAAA